CGACACCUAUUAUUCUUGUAACGAGCUGAAGAUGCAGCUGAGACACAGCACUUAUACACGAUUAUAAUCUCGUACGGUCCUCAUGUUGAGACCACACGAAGAUAAUUUUUCCUGUUCUUGUUUACCAAUUUGCUCUUCCCUUCAGCGACUUUUUAGGCGAAAGCAAACAAACAAUUUCAUCGUACGGAAAAGCAAAGAGAUGUCAAAAAAUGAGCUUGCGCAGCAGCGAUCUCCUGCAGCUUCCUCUUCUGCAUUGCCUGAAGAUGUUGAUCUUGCUUCGCAGGGGGCAGCACGGGCUGCAACAAGCAAGGUCAACAUGUUGAAACCGCAACCACCAGCUCCCAAACCGCCACUCUACGAGGCCAAGGAGCUGGUUUCCGGUGUGGUUUUCAUGGAUGACGCAGUCCCAGUGUACCAGUUUUUGCGGGAUUUCUACUUUAACAAUGAAGUACACAACCCCGCGAACCCGACGCUCCUGAACGGCGAUAAUGCGGCCCAAAUCACCACCACCCAGGAAUUGACCCGAGACGCGACGGCGCGGGCGCUGCUGGCCAGGUGUCCGGAAAAGUUGGAAGAGUUUGACCUGUUGGUGAGAAAUGCGCAGAUUAGGCAGCAGCUGCUCGUUCACGACGAGUCACCUACAUCCGAGGGCGUCGAGGUAGGUGUUUUUCACGCGGAAGAAGAAGUCGUCUUGGCAACCGCAGCUAAGACCACGACGUGUUCGACAUCUGGGCAAAAUGUGUUUUCUCCGGAGGGAACAUCAGCGGCAGCUGUGGGAGCGCGACGAAAUGGUGCUCCUGCGCCGGAUCAUGUUGUUCGCACCACCGUAGCUCAGUUCAUUGAAAACGGGACAACUAGUACUGCAGGCGCAAUAGAAGAAGAAGCUGAUGAUGAUGAAAGAAUACAACAGAGGACGGCGUCGGGGGUGGAGGUGGUAACAAAUAAACUGGCGGGGGCAAUAAACGCCGAGGGCCACGACGAGGAUGAUAGUAAGCAAGCAGAGGUAGUUAGCUUUUUCCCCACCGUGAGCAGCACGAUAACCCACGACACGACUGCGGAGCAAGCACCGCCCGCUCCGUGUAGAAGUAGCUCAUCUUCUAGCUCGGAAUCAGAGGCCGGGCCUGUAACGGUAGAGACUUUUUUGCACAGUCCGAGCAAGAGAAAAAAAGGCAAGAGAAACAAGUGCAGGAUCACAUCAGGUGUACACCAGCACGAUGAAGACGGCACUGACACAGGCACUCCUCACCUAACAGUCUCAACGUCGAAACCGAAUAAACUCGCAAGUAAAGAACUCGAGUAUGAUUUGGUAGUUAGCAAAGGCACUCUCCGCAUCUGCGACGACGCAAUCUGCAACCUGAUUUUGCAGACAGCAAUGAUCUCAACAGCUGAAGAAACGAACGAAGGAGCAGGAGCUCAUGGUGAGACUAUGACUAGAGAACAAGAGGAAGGCAAGGAAAAUGACGGUGGUUCUGAUGCGAACAACAACAAUCCAAGGGUAACAGUAUCAGCUCCUCGCCAUCCGGUCGUUCCCCGCGGGGCGCGUCUCACUCUCGCCAUGAAAGACGCGGAGGUGUUGAUCGUUUCCUCUUCGCUAUUGAUCAUCACCUUCUCUAGCUCCACUUUCGUGCCUCCCGUUGUAGCACCAGCGCCAGGAGCCGGUUCUGACGAAACUGACUCAGCGUCAGAUGGAGAAGAUGGCGCUCAAGAACGUCGACCGCAGCGAGAGCAGGAGUCCGAAGUACAAGCUGCACCACAGCAGGAGCCUCUGUUUCUGAAUCUUCCCCGCAUUCUCUACGGGCUUUUCCUUCACCAGCCCGGGUUACUGUCUAUGGACGAACUGACCAAGGUUCUCCGCAACAACUGUAAUUGCUGCGUGCUGGAGCCGCGGUACGACAACAGCAGCGCAGAGCUUUUCUCCUACUGGACCAGGUUUUCCGCAUUUCACCUCGGGUCCGCGAUUCGCACCGGCGCGCAGGUGGUUGCGAAGGGCAUUCAGUUCGUGGGCGAGAAGGCACGGGAGAAGGAUUGGGUGAAAUCAUACGAGCAGGUGGAAAAGGAAAAGAUGGAGAGGAUCAGGAAUCAAAGAAAUCUUUCACAAAGUUCUUCGCAUCUUGUUCAACCGAACUCAGGUAAUGUUGCAGCGACGCGACUCCCACCCGGAGCUAUCUUCGAAAAGAACCACCAGCUGCUCUCUUUCACUUCGACGGCAGCUACUAGUACCAACAAGCCACAAAGCGAAACUCUUGCACGGAAUGCCAGCGGUCCUUGCAGGUCACAGACUGUAGAUGUCCUCUCGGUGGCUGCUCCAGGAAAUAAUGGACGACAUGAAGUUGUGCAACUACCUGCUGGCUCCAUCGCCAGUCGUGGAGAGGAUGCAGCGCCAGCCGCAGUGCCAGGUGCAUACGCGGCCACGACGGGGGAGAUGUUGCACGUGGACCUGGUGCGCCAAGAUGAAGAUGGAGCCAGCUUGUCUCGCCAAAACAGCAGCAUUGAUCUCGCAGACUUCAAAGAAAAGUUGCGGUACACGCGCGACACUUCCCAUUGGCUGACGGACAAAAGCAAGACGGCCCUGAAUGCCUUGGCUCAGAAGGCUCGCACAGUAAUCGCCAACUACAGCGAGCAGGCGCAGAAUGUUGGAGUAGAGAGUACCGAGCUACAACCCUCGUUUGCAGCUGGUAGUUCUGGAGUCUCUGCAUCUUCAGCAGGAUCAGCAAGUAGUGCUAUGUCCGGACGAUAUGAUGUCGUGCGGGGGCUCGAUCAGGUGAUUAAAGACACAGGCACUUCUCUCGAAACGACGGUCUCCGCGGCGAGGCGUUCUGUUGAUGGAAUGUUAGUUGCCAACGAGGUCGACCACGGAGAUUGCUCGUUUCUGGAAGUGCAGCAGUUCAUUCAAGGGCAUCAAACGCCGAAAAUCCUCGACGGAACUGCUUGUACUGGUGCAGACCACGUUUCUACGACCUCAACAUCAUCUACUUCGCUACCGUCGCGAAUUUACGCUCUUUCUGGCGACGCGACAUCACCUGCCGAAGUUGUAGCAGAGGCCACUACUGCAGCUCCAAGCAGACGAGGAGGCACAGAUUCGCGUGCUUCUGUUUCAUCUCUGCAGCGCGGUAGCAGUAGUACUACCCUCUCUACUUCCACAAAUGACCCGCCCAGCUCAUCCACUUACGACUCAACUUCAUCGAAUCUGUUCGUGCACAGCGAUUCUUGCACCCAGGUACUCACGUCUACAACUUCCGUCGCAACCAGUGUACUAACAUCAACUUCUGGGCACCAGCACGCAAGCAGCGCCGCGGGAAGGGACGGACAAGGAGCAGCAAGUUCAUUUUCAAGUUCUUGCGUUGACACCUUUGAUGCUCCUGGUGGAACAAAUUUAUCAAGAACUACUCCUGCAAGUCAUGAUGUCGUCGCACCACCUUCACAGUUGCCGAGUUCAUCUACCGCAUCGACGGUUGUCCAAACGUAUAUGCACGAGGACGAUCUGAAGCAGGCAGCGAAGACCGUCGGUCUAUCCUCCGUUCUCGCAGGAGUGGAGAUUGUCUCUGCGAUGUACGAUGCCACGUCCGAAAUUCUGUCCUCCACAGCGAACGUCACGGCGGAUUUGGUGGGACACCGGUACGGAGAGGACGCGCAUCAAAUCGCGAAGGAUUCGGUCCAAAUCGCACAAAACGUGCUGCACUUGAAGGAACAGUUCAGCGGGAAGGCAGUGGUGUCACAGGUGGCCAAGGAAACGCUAACCUGAUUCAAGUAAGAUUGAUGAGCCGCCAAAAUGCUGAGGAACAGGAUGACGUCGCAGUGGCUAGUAGUUUUCUUGUCUGAAUAAAUUGCUGGCGAAUGUUGAUGUAUAUAAGUUCGGUGGACCUCGGAUACAUAUUUUCGAACAAAAUUUUUCUGAAGUUUUGAACACAUUUUUUUUUUGUAUCUGUUAAGAUACCCGUGUCAACCCAUUGAAAUGAGAGAUGCUUUUUUCAAUUUCAACACCCCGGAAUAAGAGAAUGAAAACUACACGUGUAAGAUUUUGCCUCCAGCAGAACCCAAGUAAGUACCUACUCCGACGCGUGAUCUUCAAGAACUCACUGUGAGACAGAGAAAGGGCAGCUCUCUGAUUGUUUGAAAAAUGUUAUAUGACAUUAACUACAUUUGUUCACAACUUACCGUUACCUCUUGGUCGCUGCGCACCGGUGCUUUUAGUCCUAAGCUCCGCGCCUCGGUUACCAUACAACAAACAUUCACCACCUGUGGUCCAUGAUCAUCACGUUGCUUGUUUCGGCAAGGGAAGUUCUUGCUAUUGAAAGAACUUUACAAGAAGGAUUGCAAUUACAACUGCG